AGCGUGGACGUGAUUGAUCUGCUGCCCGCCCCCAUCUGGCACAUCAUCUUCCGCCUCCUGCUGGCGCAUCAUUCUCCGGAGAAUCGGGGUGAUUCCUCGGCUGCAUCGCAGGAGGCAGCACCUCGAACGCCACAGCUCUUCCGUUUCCCGCCAGCACAAGCAGCAUGCAGAGGCAUUGAGGCGCUUCGGCCCCUCCUGGCCGCUGCUGCGCUACGCCGUGGCCAGCAAGAGGCUACUCCGCCAUGUCAUCUCCUUCUCC